AUGCCCCAGAGAGCGAGUGCUGUCUGUGUUGCAGACCUGGUGGCUAAGGACGUUAUAGAGAAGUGGCUGAAGUACCUGCGGAACGAGCUGCCCACUGUGGCCUUCAAAGCCUGUACCCAGCUUCAGAGCAAAAACCUGCAUCGCAGCAAAGUUCCAGUGGAGCAUGCGUGCUCGGACCUGCUGCACAGCAGCGCGUGCGUGGGAGCGGACAACCUGAUGAGGCUGCUGGGAAGCUACAGCCGCAGCCGCGAUGUCAAGAUGACCAUCACCGUGGGAGUAGUUGGAUUGCCGAAUGUUGGGAAGAGCAGCCUGAUCAACAGCCUGAAGAGAGCCCGGGCCUGCAGUGUUGGUGCUACACCCGGAGUCACCAAGUGCUUACAGGAAAUACACCUCGAUAAGCACAUAAAGCUGCUGGACUGCCCAGGGAUUGUCAUGGCCACCUCCAGCUCGGAUGUUGCCGUCAUCCUGCGGAAUUGUGUCAAGAUCGAGCGACUAGUGGAUCCUGUGGAGCCUGUUGCAGCCAUCUUGAAACGGUGUAACAAGCAACAGGUUAUGCAGCAUUAUAACAUCCCCGCGUUCAGAGACCCACAGGAAUUCCUGGCUCUCCUGGCCCGUAGGCUCGGUAAGCUGAAGAAGGGAGGGCUCCCAGACCAUGAGAAAGCAGCAAAGUGCAUACUGUCCGACUGGACCAGUGGGAGGAUCUGUUACUUUACCCAGCCGCCAGAGACCCACUCGCUGCCCAGCCACAUCAGCGCUGAAAUCGUCGCUCAGCUCGGAAAGGCCUUCGAUAUUGAGGAGCUCGACAAGGGUAACCAGGAGGCCCUGAGCAAGAUGGAAGUUCCGGUGCAGGAGAGUGCUGCGUGCAUGGAGAUGUCGGGACUGAGCAGUGAUGUGAGCAAUCCAGCAGCCAGCUGUGAAAUGGAGGAAGACGUUCUGACGGAGGAGAGGGGCAGAAAGCUCAGGAACAGCGCUUGUGACCCCUCCUCAACGGCGGUGACGGUGAACGUGAAUCUCGGAGGGCGGAGAGACAAGGCCAAGGCCGGAGACGAGAAGCUGGAGGCAGCCCCUCAGAUCAUGGACCUGCGGCUGAUCGGGCAGAUUGACCCCCUGUGCCAGGGGCAGGCACUGAGAGCAGCGGGGAAGCGCAGGAGGCAGCUGCAGAAACGGGCAGAUAAACUGGCUACAAAGCUUUCCCACACUCUCUCUGCCGCUAUGGACCUCUCCCUGGACUGACGGGACAUGGCUCAGGGAUCUGUGAGAGCGGGACGGUAAUGGGGGCUGGGGUUACGGGGUUGAGAAACCGAGGACAGCUCUGGCGGGUCCCUCUGUUUUUCCCCCACUCGAUCAGCUCCUCCCCAGCAUCGCCUGGAAUGUUUCAGAAUCAGCUUCCCGACUCCACAGAAACUCCCAGAGUGUGACAUCGGAAUCCCCCCACCCGCUCUCUGGGAGUCCUUGAACCUUGUUUGUUGUUUUGGGGGGUUGGAGGGGUCACAUCUGUGGGGCAAUUCCGACCUGCCUCAUCACCUCAGACUCUUCCCCCCACCCCUAACCCUCCGUCCUGUGGUAGCAGUGCAAUAAAUGUAAUUUAUUCGGCCUAAUGGCCUGGCAAAA